AUGCGACAUCUCAAGUGGAUUACUAGUACAUUUGGGCCAUAUCGCCGAAUUUCUGUGACGGCUUGCUUAUCCGUUCGCCCUGACUGUCAGGUCCCAAAUUUGUACCCGUUCAUUCGAGCAGACAUCACCUACUGGCAACGUCUUCACUUGAUUGCCGAAAUGUCCUCACUUCCUUCUCGCGAUCCCUUUUCCUCCAGUUAG